UUUACUACAAUAUUUGCAACUUUCUAAUUAAAAAAAAAUGGACCCCGAUAUCGAUAAUGAGCAAUUGAAUUCGUCGUCGACGAGCAGCAGUAACAAUAGUAGUAGCAGUAAUUUGCUUGCCAAUUUACCGAUGAUCCCAAUACUACAAUCGUCGGAUAAUGAUGUUGGCGAAGAGCUCGAUCCGACCGAGCACUUGGACUUGCAGGAGCAACCCGACGUGCAAAGCGGCUCAGCUGGGUUGCCCCAACCACAACCGCCUCCACCCCCAUUGCAAACACAGCAGUCAGAUAAUUCAGUUUUCGCUUUACCCCUCUUAUUCAAUAACAAUACCACCCCACCUCCCUCAUCCUCCUCAUCAUCGUCGUCGCCAACAUCAUCGUCACACAAUCUCCAACUUUAUCAUGAUCAGCAACAACAACAAUUACUACAAGAACAAUCACACUCUGAACAUGCGCUUCAUUUUGACCAUUCUCCCUCUCCCUCCCUCCAGCAACACGCACUACUACCACCACCGCCAUCACCACCACUUGAAUCACAGCAACCGCAACAUCAGGAAGCAAUAUCCACAGAGCAACAACAGCAACAGCUUCAAACGCACCAAUGCGCAUUCAACGACACUAGCACAAUUGCCGAUACCAUUGAUGCAUCUGCAUUAGAAGCAGUCACUGGAGAAGCUAUUUUAAGUGCUGAUAUUGCAUCAACCAGUCAACAACAACCACAUAACCAGCAGCAGCAGCAGCGUUCUCAAGAUCAAGAACAGCAACCGGAAAGUUUGAGCGGUGCUCAACGCUCCUCUUUGAGCGUAAUAGGAGAAGUUCCAGCUGGUAGUAGCGCAUCAACAGAUCGAAACCAAACACCUCCAACAUCACUGCCAUUGCUGCUGCAGGAGGAAGGCGACGAAGACGAAGAAGCGGACACAGGCAACGAGGCUAGAGCAUCGAAGUCAUCCGCUGCACCCUCUUACGCCCCGCACUUUACACACCAUCCAUUUACGCACCCACUACACCACCAUCAUCAUUACUAUCCUAACUUUGGUGGCUGUAGCAGCAGUACACCAUUUUCGUUUGACAUACCCGCUUUAUCUGGUGGCGGCGGCAGUAGCAGCAGCAGCAACAAUAACAACAACAACAACAACAUCAGAUUCGUCAACCCACUAAACCCCAGUAACGGCGCAAACACAAACGUACUCCUGACGGCAAGCAUGCUUGGGAGCAGCAGCAACAGCGAUAACCCGUCCGGUGGUGGUGCGUCUGCCAUUCCUGGCGCUACCACUGGUGGUGGCAGCGGCAGCAUACAUCAUCACCAUUCGCAUCAGCAGGUGACCGAUCGGUUAAAAAUGCUCUAUCCAAACGUAAACGAAGCUGAAACUCCACUGCCGCGCUGCUGGAGUCCACACGACAAAUGUCUAUCGAUUGGACUUUCGCAGAAUAAUCUACGUGUGCACUAUAAAGGUGUUGGUAACAAACACAGUGAUGCCGCCUCUGUGCGCACAGCUCAUCCAAUUCCACCCGCCUGUGGUCUCUAUUACUUCGAGGUAAAAAUUAUAUCGAAAGGCAAAAAUGGCUACAUGGGGAUCGGUUUGACGGCUCAACAAUUUCGCAUGAACCGCUUACCAGGUUGGGACAAGCAAUCGUAUGGCUAUCAUGGUGACGAUGGCAACUCGUUUUCUUCAUCCGGUAAUGGUCAAUCGUAUGGACCGACUUUCACUACAGGCGACAUCAUCGGUUGCUGUGUCAAUUUUGUGGACAAUACAUGUUUUUACACAAAGAAUGGCAUCGAUUUGGGUGUCGCGUUCAGAGAUCUACCGAGCAAACUUUACCCAACUGUUGGACUACAGACGCCUGGUGAAGAAGUUGACGCCAAUUUUGGUCAGGAGCCAUUUAAAUUCGAUCAAAUCGAGGACAUGAUGAAACAAAUGCGUGCCCAAAUGAAAGCCGCCAUUUACGAUUUCCCCAUGACACCCGAUCAGGGUGACCAAACGACUCUUCUACACAAAAUGGUCUCAUCUUAUCUCUUACACAAUGGAUAUAGUCAGACUGCAGAAGCAUUCGCCAGAACUACUGGACAAACGUUUCAAGAAGAUCUAUCGUCGAUUCGAAAUCGUCAGAAAAUAUUAAAACUGGUAUUGUCUGGUAAAAUGGGUCAAGCCAUCGAGCACACGUUGCACUCUUAUCCAGACCUAUUAGAGAAUAACAAAAACCUUUGGUUUAUGCUAAAGUGUAGACAGUUCAUAGAAAUGGUUAAUGGCUCCGAUAUCGAGUACUGCCCUAAUAAUAAUAAAUUAACAAAUUCGAUCACAAAACAAACGCAGACAACGCCUCCGAAUCAAACAUCGGUCAUACAGUCAACCAAAUCGUAUCAGAAUGGUAAGAGCACAGUAGCACACAAUAAUGCACAGACUUUGGUGGCAACAACAACAACAACAAAUUCAGCUGUGAUAAAUGUCGAUAAUCAUGCGCAUCAACAAGAUAUGAAAGACGCAUCUGCUUCGGAUGAGAACUGCUCUGGUGAUGCGAUUUCAAUUAGUAAUAAAAAUAAUAGCACCAAUAUCGAUUAUCUCAAUGACGUUGAAAUGGAGACAAAUAUACACACAACAAAUGGCAAUUCAUGCAAAAACGGCGGUUUAAAUUUUAAUAGUUCUUUAGACGUGGAUGAGGAGAUGGAUAUCGAUGUUUCACCAUCCACACAAAAAUAUAGCCAUGGCAUCGAAAGAAUAUUGGAAUUCGGCAAAGAGCUCUCUCAAAUGGGUCAACAAUUGGAAAAGGAAAAUAAAAUGAAUGACGAAGAUCGGCAAAUGUUAGAAGAUGCAUUUAGCUUAAUCGCCUAUUCAAAUCCCUGGUCCAGUCCUCUGGGAUGGCAACUUUGUCCCACGAAAAGAGAAAACGUUUGCACAGCUCUUAAUUCCGCCAUUUUAGAAUCGAUGAACUAUCCGCGUCGUCCCCCACUUGAUGUGUGUGUGGCGCACGCUUCCGAAUUGCUUAAGGUGAUGGCUCAGGCAUCGCUUGGUGCUUGUGCGUUCGUAAAUAUCGAAGAUGUCUUUCCACAAAAUUGACCCACUCUGCGCUUGAAGAUGUUCGAAACGUCGUAGCUAUCGUCGCCAUCGUCGUCGUCGUGGCCAUGGUGGUUGCGUUUCACACCGAUGGCCAACAAUAUGCGCUCCGAUUGUGCUCCUUAUUGCACUUAUUUAGAUUUUUUCUAAUUAUCGUAUUAAAACCAAACAAAAAAAAAAACAAAUUAUUCAAUUAUACCAACCAUCUUUCCCUAUGAUUUUUAAACCAAACAACGAUAGUUAUUAAAUUUUUCUUGCUAACAACACCAAGGCCACGUGCGUACAUACUAUGUUCGUACAAUUAUAUAUGUGGUUGUCCGUUUACCGGUAGCAGUCAAAUGUUCAUGUAUACCGCCCUAUUCUGUGACUAUUAAGAUGUCACACCUAUGAAAAUAUGUACAUAGGUACCUUAAAAAUAAAAAAAUUAGGUUGAUAUUUUU